CUCCAUAUCCAAGGCGGCCUGGGGGAGGACAGUUGAAACCGUGUUUAUCUUACCGUGUUUAAAACGAUUUGUUUAUGGUUGACAGGAGCAGGAAGGACAUGUUUAGAGUCUGUCUGUCAGGCUUGAUGGACAUCCAGUCCAUGUUCAUUUCAUGUCUGCCAUCUGACACCAUUCACUGGAGUUUCUGCCAUGGGAAUGGGGGAUUUGCCCAUUGCAGCUGGGGCCAAGAGUGGGUCUGUAUAUGGGUUUCCAUUUCCCAAAGGGCAAGCAGGAAUUGGAAAACAUUUGCCUUAGUCCUGUUGAAGCCUUCGGGGGAAAUCCACCCACUGAAAACCUUUGUUAGGAUCCCAGCCUGUGACAGUGAGCUCUGAUUAACUUACAGAGCUGAUCAAUUUCAAAGAUGAAGAAGGCCCUAUAUGUGAUUGAGAAAUACAGAGAUCAAGACACCCAACUUAGCUCUGUAAUGAAAUGCAGAUAAGUAGAUGAAAUAUGGCGACUCUUGGAAUGAUUGAACUGACAACCACACAUAUACUGUGCUUCACCUAAAGUUUGAUAUGUCAGAAUGCACUUUCACAAGCACACAAAGGCCUUAAAAUCAUACUUUUCAUACUUUUUUAUGCAUAAGAAAUUUAGUCAAACUUCGCCAAAAAAAAAUCUUAAGUACCCUGUAAAGGUGGAUGAAUCCAUCAGAAUCCAAAUGUGUCCUUUAAAAAAUGCUUGACUUUAGAUGAACUACAGUAGGUAGUGUGGUCUUACUGGCUGCAGUGGUACAGGUACUUAUGUAAAGUCAGUUCACAGUUUGCCUGAGGCCUGGUUGUCAGCCCAUUGUUACAAGAUCAGCACCCUCUGAUGCAGGGUUUUGUUCAAUUAGUGCCUUAUUGGUGGUUUGACUACAACCACCUGCUGUGUGACUGAGGGUUUUAGACGCGAGUGAACAUUUUACCUGCUCCCAAACUGAUAAGAAUAAUCUGUGCAACUCUCUCAGCAAGGUGUUGUCACAAUGCGUUAAUCAGCCUCUUUUUGUCCAUCUAACAAUACCUGUAAUUAAUGCAUUCAUAGACACAUUGACUUCUUGGUUAUAAGGCGAUAAUUUUCACUUUAACUUCUACUACUGUUGAGUCACGUGUUUUUAACCACUAUUUGAUUAUUGUGGCAGGAAAUUAAAGCCUUUACUUUACUGAUUGACUAAUGUUUAGUUUGCUAUUUGCCAUAUUUUUCAUAUAUAUAGUAAAGUAGAUGUGAUAAAUACAUUGCAACAUAGGUGUGCCUGUAAAUGAGAUACAUGAAAGGAACCCCAAAAUUGAUUUGCUCGUGUGACAAAUAUCUCAGGUUGGAAGGUGGUGAAUAGGUAGGACAUUUGAGCAGUGGAGGUGUGUUAGUGUAGCGUCCUACAUGUAGCUAACACUUUAGUGAAUUAAAAUCACAGGCUUGUCACUCCAAGGUUUUCUUUAAAAAAAAAAUAAAGUGAAUUCUUUACAUUAGCUUUGCUGAAAUUAUUCAUGUAGAUAUCCAAACAUACUUGUAGUUGAUAAAUUGAUACAUAUGUUAAUAAAGUGGUAUGGAUUUCAUUGUGGGAGAUUUGGUGUAGAUAAGCACUAAUGUAUUCUUUACUUAGACAUUUUUAAGCUUCAUCCAAUUUGUGUUAAUAGAUGGACAGAUUGAUAAGAUGUAAGAGAAUGUAUGCCUGGUUUUGUGAAGUGUGGGGUACAUGUGUUGGGUGUGGGAGAUAAAGGUGUGACUGCAGGAAUUGUGUGUUGGGAACACAGAGAUAAGGCCAUGCUUUGUGAUAACAUGGCCUCAGCAGGGAAGCUUUCCUCUACACACAAUAGGUGAAGGGAACUGAUCAGAAGGGGCUUCCCAGGGGGCUGACCCUAACAGUAGCAGACUCAAGUGCCUCUGAGGGGCUUUCCUAAGUACAGUGUCACUUUUGUCAUCCUAUUGUUGUAGGAGCGGUCAAUAUGACUGGUGAAUGUGAGUGGUCAGUAGCACUGGACAGUGGUCAUUGAGAGCGUGGCUGAAGCCUGACUUGAAGUGCCCAAGGAGUUGAAGCUGAGACAGCAGAGAGAUAACAUCAGUGUGCAAGUUAUGAGGCGUGGGUGAAGUCACCAUGUUGUGUCAUGGUGCAGGCAGGAAUGAUGACCUUGGGCGCCGCUGCAGUUAUCUCCCUGGAUUACUACACAUAUUCCUCGCCAUUCUAUUGGUCAGAUCCGUACAGGCUCAAACAGGCCAGUUCAUAAGACAAGAUGUAGGUUGUGCUGACGGGACACCUGAAGGCCUCUCCCAUAAGGCUGCUGUGGUGGCAUGUGCGGGACACUGGUAUGGACAUGUCAAGAGGGCAGGCUCGCUGUGCACCUCAGGCUGGAAACUGUGUAGCUGGGAAGAUACAAGUGCUUUGCGGAACAUCAGCUGGGAAGAUGCAGUGUCUGUGGAAGGCUGUUACGUUUACAAUGCUGCCCAGGAUGGUGGGCGUUGUCAUGAGUGUCGGGACAGUUUGCGGCAGGAUGACCUAGCAGGUAUCGGUAAAGGCUGCCCAUAUAAGAGCCCCGGCCAGUCCUCCUGCAUCUCCGGGGGCCGCAUGGAUGCCAGCUGCUGUGUUGACUCACACUUCAGGAGAGCAUGCAGUUAUCUCCCUGGACUCACCAGUGGAGUGCUCUGUUGCAGAAAUCCAGGUAAACCACCUCGUGUGAUUGUGAAGCCACAGGAACAGAUGCAUGUGUUCAGUGGUCACAUCUUCCUGCUGACAUGUAAGGCCAGUGGUUACCCUCCCCCACGAACACUCUGGUACAAGGAUGGCAAACAACUGCCCCACAACAACUCCAGGCUCUCCGUUCUUAGCUCAGGUGACUUGUUGGUGACCUUGUCACGCACAGCUGACAGCGGGCUGUACACCUGUGAGGUGAUUAACAGUGAAGGAAUCGACACAGCCACCUCACACGUCAAAGUCACAGAUUAUUCAUCAGGGUGUUCUGACGGGUCGACUGAGGGCUUGCUGCGUCAUCGGGAUGUCCACGCCUGCGCUGGCCGCUGGUCCGGCCAUGUGAAGCGUGCACGGCACUUGUGUGCUAAAGGGUGGGCAGUGUGUAACCCUAAAGACAAGCAUAGCCUUAACAGACUGAGCUGGGCCGAUAUCCUGGGCCUGAAGGGAUGCUACGCCCUGAACGCUGCCAAUACUGGAGACCACUGCAGUAGGUGUUACUCUAAGAAGAUGGCAGGUGUGGGUACAAAGUGUAGCCGGAUUCGCCUCCACCGCAGUUCCUGCUUCUCCAAGGGUCGGGUGGAUGUGUACGACCCACGGCACUCUAGCUGCAACUAUCAGGAGGGCAAGGUCACUGGAGCGCUCUGCUGUCGUAGGAAGGCCAGGCAUCAAGGAAUGCCCAACUGGCUAACGUGUAACCCAUCCUGUAAAAACGGAGGAGCGUGCAUAGCGAAGAAUCAGUGUCACUGCAGCCCAGGGUACAAGGGCGUUGCCUGUCAAAAUGCAAUCUGCACACCUCCUUGUCAGUUUGGUUUUGUGUGUGAGAAGCCAGGGCAGUGCUCCUGUCCUGAUGGACCCAGGGGCAAGCUCUGCCGCAAGACCAUUAAGCACAUGUGUAUCUCUCCAUGCCUCAAUGGAGGAAGGUGCAGGAAGGGCAGGUGCAAAUGUCCGCCCACUCACUGGGGAAGGAACUGUGCACGCAAAGUGCUACGUAUAGUUGUGGCUGACAGCAAUAAUACAACGAGAUGAGCUUCACCAGUGGAACUCUGCAGGGACUUUUUCUAAACAGUAAUAAACAAUUUACCUCAAACUGGUUGUGCUGUAGAUGAAGUUGCAAGACGUGAUCUUCCCACUGUGCCAAGGUGGAUAAUCCAGGGAGAAGCAAGGGGCUUCACUAUUCCAUGGGAGUUACCUCCCCUUGCUGUGGUCAUAGCGGCUGCGUUGGUGUAUUCUGUAUAUAUAGUGACUCCAGUCUCAACCAAACUAGAUGUUGUAAAUAGUUACUUGUGGUGACACCAAAGUCAGAGCCUCAGACUGUAUAUAGUGUUUACAUGGAGAAUCUACAUUGAUUGAUGUUGUACAUAGUUGUAACAUUAUUGUUGAUGUAUCUCAUACA